GAAAAUGAAUAUUGCAGAUGCCUUAACAAUCACACACACACUGACAGAUAUUCUCCAGUCAUAUAGCCUGAACUGGAAUCAGGUUGUUGGUAUACUGUUGGAUAACUGCAAUGUAAUGAGAGGGAAAAAGUCUGGAGUAGAGACACUAGUCAGGAGAGAAAAUCCAUCACUCCUGGACAUCAGCGGAGACACUGUCCAUAUGAUCUCAAAUGCAGCCAAGGCCCUUUUAAAUCCUUUCCAGGGAUUUGUGGAACAAUUUUGCUCUGAUGUAUACUAUGACAUUGAAAAAUCACCCAAACAGAAAGAAGUUUUUUCUGAGUUUCAGUCCUUACUUCAUUUGGCGAAUAAGAGCCUAAUACGUCCCAUCAGCAGCAGGUUCCUGCAAAUGCUAGAUGUGUGCAACAGAAUACGGGAGCUUAUGGAUCCAUUGAUUGUGCACUUCUACAGCAUCCUGUCUCCUCAUGAUCAACACAAACACAGAUGGCUCCUAAACCAGCUUCUUGAUAAGCAUGCAGUUACAUCUGAUGAGAAGGCCAGGAUCAUUUUUCUGCAACAGCAAAUGGCACAAUCUGCUAAGAUCGGAAGUGAUGUCAACAAAAAUCGGAAGACGCAGCAUCUGUAUGCUUUUUUCAGAGUUUGACAAGCUCACAACCAUGAUUGAUUUAUACCGAGGUAUGUUCACUUUUUAUUCACUUUAAAUGUUAAGAAAAGUAAAGAGUUUUCUUAAGUAUUGAAAUCCCUUUAUUGGUAUAUUUAUUAUAUUCUUAUUUUUCCUGGAAUCCUGGAAUGGAAUCUAAGUUAACCAUAAAUGCAGUUUUUAGAUCACUGUUAAUCCGAUCACUUAGGUUAAUACUACUGCAACUACUAAACUUUAUUUAAACAACACAUUUCAAAACAAAGUAAAAUAAUAAAGAUAACAAAUAAACAACAAUAAAGCUAAUAAUAUAUAUAUAAAGGGUUGUAAUAUUCCAGGAAGAGUAUGUUACAUUACUAUGAAUAUGAUGAUGAUGAAUAAAUGGAUAAAAUAUUCAGACACAUUUCUAAUCAGGUUCUAUUGUGCUUUUCAGGUGUACUUCCAACUUUCCAAGUGCUCCUUAAGAAAUUGCAGCAUGAAAAGCCCAUGAUCCAUGUGCUGCAUGCUGAAAUGCUGCUACUGGUUAGGGAACUUCUCUCCAAAUUUAUGAAGCCUGAAAC